AUGCAGUGCAUCACCCUCACCCUCGUCCUCCUCAGCACAGCCUGCAUCACGACCGCGAGCGCCAGCCUGCUCCCCUCCUCCCUCGCACUCCCCUCCACCCCGUCCAACACAUACACUCAAACAACCGCCUCCUCCCUCACCACCCCCCUCAACCCCGUCCAAACCCUCCUCGGCAGCCUGGGCAACGCCCCUCCGCCCACGAUCCUCUGGACGCCGCACCCGUCGCCCGAGUGCGCGGCCAUCAACGGCGGCACGCUGCAGUGCUGCCGCGGCAGCCUGGCGGGCGACCAGCCGCCCGUGGUGUUCCUGGCUUCUGUGUACGGGUACGCGCUGAACCCGAAUGAUGUGAAUGGGGUUGGUUGCGACGACAACUUGCAUGCCUGCCCUGGCGUGAAACUGUGCUGCCAGGUGACGGCGCUGAACCCCCUCCUGUCCUUGUAUUGCCAGGGCUUCUAA